AAUAACGGCGAAAGUCCUGUGCUGCUGCGGCGCCCGCUCUGCUCUUCCCACCGACGGCGCGGCUGGCUGUCAAGGACCCUGCGGCCCCAGGCGCGCGCGACCACUGCGCAUCCACCCGAGCAACGAACGGCAUCUGCGUCCGAUCGGACAGAUUCUAACUAAUGUCCCCGACAGCAUAAGCACCGCACCUGUACAACCUUCGAUGUUGCUGCUGGCGCCGCCACCGCCACUACGACGUGCCCCGCACCCCCGCCGAGCGGGCCUACCGCAACUGACCUUGUUACAAAACACUUCUGAAAUCAACUCACCAGAGCAAAGAAAUUUGUGUGGCAGUCCUCCAAACUCGCACCGUUCGUCUGAUGAUUUGGAUGCGUCAUGGUUUCUCCAUCAUCUUAAAUUUCGUUUGGACUUCUGCACACACGAUUUACUCCACAAAAACCACUCUAAAACCGAUAUUAUCCACGAUCACUCAGAAGGCUUUUCACCUUUCAAUGGCGACUGUAAAAUGGCGGAUAGGCAACAACAAGCUCGGAGCUUUCAGAUUUCUGAUUGGCCUUCUUCAGUCACAUGAUACUAGACAACAUGGCAGCGCUCAUGAGGCAUGGGUUCCUGAAAGCAGGGAAAGGAUUGAAAACAUUGUCAGAUAAUACCUUAAUGAUUGUAUGCAAUAAAUCAUACAGAAAGAAAGACGCGAAAAGCAAAGAAAUAUCGGGAAAGACUGUCAUUCCCCCCAUUAAAGUGGAUCUUGAAAGAGAAUACUUGCGGCCGUUUAAGAAUUAUGACCCUCCACCUGAUGUAGAAGAGCAAUUGGCUGCUCUAUGUGAGUCUAUUUUGGGACCAGAAUAUAACCGGAAAGAAGAAAUUAAUCAUCAUUCAAAAUUCCUACUUUUGAAUGCUUGUUUUAACGUAUUUAGCCAUGGGGUACCCAAUAGUAUACUCCAUGUUAUUAAAUCUGCAGAGGAUAUACUGACAUUUUAUAAGAUAAAAGUGGAUGUGUCUGUCCCUCUCGAAAAAAUGAAAAAACAAGAUUUGCCUCCUAACCUUCAUGUAAUCUAUGACUAUGUUCGAUUUCAUCCAGAUACUGAUACAAAAUUUGGUGGUAUCAGUGCCUUUCCAAAGAGCUCUACAAUAGUUACUGGGCUGAAGUACAAAAAGAAGUAUCAAGGACAUGAGGCUAAGAAAUCUUGGCCAUAAGAAAAUUCACUUUUUUGAUUACACAUCUCUUGUGUUGUUUUGUUAUAGUUGUAGAAAAUCAAAGUAACUUCAUUCUAAAAUAAACUUUAUUUACAAAUUGUGCUUCUUGGCAGCUUAAGACCAUCUUCUGUCUCAAAUUUCCAUAAUUUACAUUCUUACAUUAAAUCACUCUAGAAGUUUCAGACUUCAAAAAUAAUUUCCCUUUCAAACUAUCUUUCCCAAAAAUCACUUGUAUGUACAAGUCAGUGCAAGUAUUAACACUCAUAUUUCCUAAUAAUAAAAAAGUGUAAGAAUACACUUGUAUUUUCUAAUUCAUCAGAAAUAUUAAGUUUUUCUGGUGUCCAAGCUUUAAUUCAUUGAACACAUAAGUUGCAAUAUUCUGUAAAUGUAAUCGGGAAUAACAAAGUAUUGAAUCUAAAAUUUUGAAAAGUAAGUUGCAUCUCUUUCAAGAUUGUUAGUGAACUCUUAGGCGAGUGUGCUAAUUACAUCUCUUCAGAGAUUUGUUCUUUUAUAUCUAGAAUUUAAAAAUGUUCAGUUGAUGGCAUUUCUAAACAGUGCUGCUUUGCAUUGAUGCAUUGAUUGCAUCAGGUAACAUUAUGCAUUGUAAAUGCAAUUCAGAAUUCAACUAUAAUAUAUUGUCAGAUUCAGUUAUCAGGCAGAUCCCUUGUAGAAUUGUGCUCAUUUGGUUUUGUUUCACACUGUAAUUAAUAUCUUAAUUCAAGACAACCUUUUGUGAUAGAUCUUCCUUUUCUAUGAAAUGUGAUGGUAUGACAGGUGCUUUACUAUCUUGUAUCAAUAAGGUCCUGAUCACAGUAAUUUUCAUGAAUUGAAAUGAUUGUUUUAAAUAAUAUUUAAGGGUGAAAUCAAGUUUCAAAUAAAUAUACCUUUGAAAUUGCAUACUGAAUCAUCAGUAAACAAAGCUCUAUGGAAUUUUAUAAUUUGUUUUUGCU